AUAAUUCCAAUUCAAUGGAGCUUGUUCUCUCCCUCUGCCUUGUUUUUCUACUGGCCUCGAAAGCUGCAGGUUCAAAUGAUGUGCAGGACUGGUUAAACCAUGGUGGAAAUCUGCUUAACAGGAGAUUCGCAGACAAUGAAACCAAGAUAAGCCCUGGAACGGUUUCCAGGCUACGCUUGAAGUGGACAUUUAAUGCAGGCAGAGAUAUUACUGCAACACCAGCAAUUUUCGGUGGAACCCUUUAUUUCCCUAGCUGGAACGGAUAUCUUUAUGCUGUCAAAGCAUCGGAUGGAUCUCUUGUUUGGAAGCAAAAUUUGCAACAGUUGACUGGCCUUAAGUCUACUGUAGCUAUAUCCAAUGUCAAUGUAACAGUGUCAAGAACAACUCCAGCCAUAGCAGAUGAUUUACUUAUCUUGGGACUCAGUGGACCUGCUUAUGUUGUUGCAGUUAAACGAUCCAAUGGGCAACUUGUUUGGUCUACCCAGCUUGAUAAAAAUUCACAUGGUGUUAUCACCAUGUCUGGAACUUAUUACAAGGGGCAUUUCUAUGUUGGCACAUCCUCACUAGAGUCCACCGUGAGCAUUGAGGAAUGCUGCAUCUUCCGUGGAAGCUUUGUCAAACUAAACGCCCGAACUGGCAAAAUCUUGUGGCAAACUUAUAUGUUGCCUGACAAUUUUGGCAAGCGUGGAGGGUAUGCUGGAGCAGCCAUUUGGGGAAGCAGCCCAUCAAUCGAUGUACGCCGAAACCAUGUCUACAUUGGCACAGGGAACCUCUACUCAGCACCUAAAAAUGUAACAGACUGUCAGGAGAGACAGAACAAUCAAACAGACAUACCUACUCAUCCUGACGAGUGUGUUGAGCCUGAAAACCUCUCAGAUUCAAUCCUUGCCCUUGACUUGGAUACUGGAAAGAUCAAGUGGUUCCAUCAGUUAGGGGGCUAUGAUGUCUGGACUUUUGCAUGCAUCAAUCCCUCAAACCCAAGUUGUCCUCCUGGUCCAAACCGUGAUGCUGAUUUUGGGGAAGCACCAAUGAUGCUAAGCACAUAUGUCAAUAGGACUAAGCGUGAUCUUGUUGUUGCUGCUCAAAAAAGUGGAUUUGCUUGGGCUUUGGAGCGUGACAAUGGCAACAUUAUUUGGUACACUGAAGCUGGACCUGGUGGCCUCGUUGGAGGAGGAAUAUGGGGGGCAGCGACUGAUGAAAAGAGGGUCUACACCAACAUAGCUAACUCUGAUGGCAAGAAUUUCACUCUGAAGCCAUCCACAAAGAUCACAACUGCAGGCGGAUGGGUCGCAAUGGAUGCUAAAAAUGGUCAAAUCCUUUGGUCAACAGCUGACCCUAGCAAUGGUACUGCCAGUGGCCCUGUUACCGUUGCAAACGGUGUCCUAUUUGGUUGUUCUACAUAUAGACACGGACCCAUAUAUGCAAUGAAUUCCUACACUGGAAAAAUCCUGUGGUCAUAUAACACAGGGGCCACCAUAUACGGUGGGUUGUCAGUUAGCAAUGGAUGCAUUUACAUAGGCCAUGGAUACAAGGUUAGUCUUGGAUUUUCUAAUCCACGCUUCACUGCUGGAACGUCACUCUUUGCCUUUUGUGUCUCUUGAUCCUCCCCGGAAAGUUAAAUACCAAUAAGUAAGGCAUUUGUAAUCAUGAAUAAAACUGCUAUUUCUCUAUCUAGUAUUUAUAGGCUCCUUAAUCCUGAUAGAGAAGGAAAUUAAUAUCAGCAUUUUGUAACAGCAAGAAUCACCUUGUAAUACUCAAUUUGUAGCAUACUGGGUUCAUUUCAAACUGUUUAGAAGAAAAAGAACUGAAAAAUAUUGGUGAUCUUUUAGGUUCUCCGCCAUCAUGGCUUUACUAGAGUAAAAAUUCUUCAGACAA